AUGGCGUUGCUCGCAUUUGUUGUGCUUCUGGCGAUUUUGGGUCUUGUCGCAAAGGGCGUUUAUAACACAUUUCUCCAUCCCUUGAGGCACUACCCCGGUCCCAAAUUGGCCGGUGUCACGAGGGCCUACUACCUCUGGUUUGAUGUUCGGGGAGUCAGCCAUUGGAAGGUCAAGGAAUGGCACGAGAAGUAUGGUGAUGUUGUUCGCAUCGCACCAGGGGAGCUUUCAUAUACCUCCAGCCAAGCCUGGCAGGCUAUCUAUGGUUUUCCCAAUCGGGAAGGGAACGGCAAUUUUGAGAAGGACGCCCAAUGGUGGAACAAGAAUGUCAAUGGUGUUGAGAACAUCCUCACGGCCGAUGAUGCCGGCCACAAGCGCAUGCGUCGUCUUCAGAACCCAGCCUUCUCGGAUAAGGCAUUGAAGGCUCAAGAGUCCGUCAUCACCGGCUACGUAAACCUUCUCAUCCAUCAGCUCCAUGGACAGGCUUCAAGCCCCGAUACCUCGCUGGUUGACAUGAACUCAUGGUACAACUUCACCACCUUCGACAUCAUUGGCGACCUGGCUUUCGGAGAGCCCUUCUAUUGCUUGAGAGAUGCUAAGUGGCAUUGGUGGCUUCAUGCUGUCUUCGACAUCUUCCAAGCCGGAACCUACCUCCGUGCUGCCCGUCGUUUCUCAUCGCCGUUUUCUGAGAUGCUGCUGCUCCUCAUCCCUCGCCGCCUCAUCAAGACACGAGUUGCUCAGUUCAACUUCGGAGUCGAGCGCGUCAAUAAAAGAUUGGAGAAGAAGGUCGAAAGACCCGACUUCAUGCACUACGUCCUACAAGGUACCGACGAGAAGGGCAUGAUGAUGGAAGAGAUCUAUGCCGCUGCCCAGGUUCUCAUCGUUGCUGGAAGCGAGACCACCGCCACGGCACUCACCACCGCCACCGCCUAUCUCUGCGAGAACCCAGAGACUCUGAAGAAGCUGACUGCCGAGAUCCGCGACACCUUCGAGAAGGAGGAUGACAUCACGAUCCAGAGCACCGCCGGAUUGAGCUACCUGAACGCCGUCAUUGAGGAAGCCCUCCGCCUCGGACCACCGGGUCCAGGUACCUUCCCUCGUGUCGUGCCGGAUGGUGGAAGAACCGUCUGUGGCCAGUUCGUUCCUGCAGGCUACUCCGUUGGUGUUCAUCACUUGUCUGUCAACCGCUCUCCAGUCAACUUCCGGGAGCAUGAUGGCUUCCACCCUGAGAGAUGGCUGGGCGAUGAGCGUUUCGAGUCGGAUAAGAAGACCGCAGCUCAGCCAUUCUCUUUUGGCCCAAGGAAUUGCAUUGGAAAGAAUCUGGCUUAUGCUGAGAUCCGUGUCAUCCUAUCCCGCGUGGUCUGGAACUUCGACAUGAAGCUCCACCCCGAUAGUGCUGGUUGGCUCGACAGGCAAAAAAUGUUCACGACCUGGCACAAGACCGAGAUGAAGGUUCACCUAUCUCCCAGGAAAAGAUGA